GGAAUAUUCAUUAUUCAGUAUUCACUAUUCCGGGCGAGUACUGAUCCGGUCCAUUCAAUUAUUUCAAAUUUCAAAGAGUCGACUCGACUCGUCGAGUCAAGUUGUUUAUGAGCUACACAUCUCUACGACGGGAUCAUGUCUUUCAUACCCGGGUCGUUGGGUUUCGAUGAAUUCGGUACGCCGUUCAUCAUCAUCAAAGACCAACACAAACAGCGUAGGCUGACUGGCAUCGAUGCGUUGAAGUCUCACAUUAUGGCCGCACGGUCUAUUGCCAAGACGUUGUACACAUCAUUGGGUCCAAAAGGUUUGGAUAAAAUGAUGGUUUCAUCUGAUGGUGAAGUGACUGUUACCAAUGAUGGUGCCACCAUUUUGAAUAUGAUGGAUGUUGAUCAUGAGAUCGCUAAGCUUAUGGUACAGUUGUCUCAAUCCCAAGAUAAUGAAAUUGGUGAUGGUACUACUGGUGUUGUAGUCAUUGCCGGAGCUUUGCUCGAACAAGCUGAACAUUUGCUUGAUCAGGGUAUACAUCCUAUUAGAAUUGCAGAUGGUUUUGAAUUGGCUGCUCAAAGUGCUUGCAAGCAUUUAGACUCUAUUGCUGAUUCAUUUCCAGUUGAUAUCAACAACUUGGAACCUCUUAUUAAAACAGCAAUGACAACUCUGGGAUCCAAAAUUAUUAACAAGUGCCAUCGUCAAAUGGCUGAAAUAGCUGUAAAUGCAGUUAUAUCUGUAGCAGAUUUUGAUAAACGUGAUGUCAAUUUUGAGUUGAUCAAAGUCCAAGGAAAAGAAGGAGGAAGAUUAGAAGACACAAUGUUAGUGAAAGGAGUUGUAGUUGAUAAAGACUUUUCACAUCCUCAAAUGCCAAAGGAGCUUAAAAAUGUUCAUCUCGCCAUUCUUACUUGUCCGUUUGAGCCACCUAAGCCAAAGACUAAGCAUAAGUUGGAUGUCGCUUCAGUUGAAGACUAUAGAGCAUUAAGAAAAUAUGAACAAGAUACAUUCAAUGAAAUGGUUAAAAAAGUGAAAGAUGCUGGUGCUACAUUAGCAAUUUGUCAAUGGGGUUUUGAUGAUGAAGCAAAUCAUUUGUUAUUGAAACAUGAAUUGCCUGCUGUACGUUGGGUUGGUGGACCUGAGAUAGAAUUAAUUGCAAUUGCCACUGGAGGUAGAAUCAUUCCUCGUUUUGAAGAAGUUUCUAAAGAAAAAUUAGGUUACGCUGGUAAAGUUAGCGAACUUUCUUUUGGUACUACUAAAGACAAAAUGUUGGUGAUUGAAGAAUGUAAGAAUUCACGUGCUGUUACCAUAUUUAUACGUGGUGGAAAUAAAAUGAUUAUUGAAGAAGCCAAACGCAGUAUUCAUGAUGCUUUAUGCGUUGUUCGAAAUUUGGUGCAAGAUAACCGCAUAGUUUAUGGUGGUGGUGCAGCUGAAAUUUCAUGCGCUAUUGCUGUUUCUACUGAAGCAGACAAGAUUUCAUCUAUUGAGCAAUAUGCAUACCGGGCAUUUGCAGAUGCUUUAGAAAGUGUUCCAUUAGCUUUAGCAGAGAACAGUGGAUUGUCACCAAUUGAUACGUUAACUCAAGUUAGAGCCAGACAAAUCAAAGAAAAUAAUCCAGCUCUUGGUAUUGAUUGUAUGCUUGUUGGAACUAAUGAUAUGAAAGAACAAAAUGUUAUUGAGACUCUUCAUAGCAAGAAACAACAAAUCAUUUUGGCUGCACAGUUAGUUAAAAUGAUUUUGAAAAUAGAUGACGUCAGAGUUCCAGGAGAAGAUUUUUAAUUUGAUUUUAAUAUCUUAAAAACACUAAACUGAUGAUCAGCGCUUACUUGUUUUCCUAAAACUUGUUCUUUUUUUAUGUUCAAAAUUUACAUUAAUAAUUUUAUAAGUUAAGUUAUAUAUUUUUUCUAAUAAUAAAAUACACUACUAAUCAAUUAAAA